AUCCAUACAGUAAUCAAACACCUCGAGGAGUAUAUUACAAGCUUAGACUUUGGUGCAAGGUCUCCCUUCAGAGAUACUGAAAAAUCAGUUGUGUUUGAAUAAGCCAUUCAGCCAUAUUAACACAGAAGCACUCGCUCCUUCCCCCUCCCCUUCUGCUGCUAAAAACACCACCAGCCUCUUCCUAAUAAUAAUACUAUCUUUAAACAGUUAUCUGUUAAUUUUCCAAAAUAAAUAUAUAUAUUUUUAUAAAUCUCUCCCGCUCUCAUUGAUCUCUAAAUUUUAAAGCUUUACACCAGGAUUUGUUCAUGGAUUCUAAAUCAGUCGAGGAUAUGAUAGAGGCAUCAUCAGGGGUUCAUUUUUCUGGGUUUCAUAUGGAUGGUUUGGAGAUGACAAAUACAGAGGUGGGACAACCGACAACCUCAGCAGCUGAAGAGAUGUGUAAGCAACCCUUUGUUAUUGGAGUCGCUGGUGGAGCAGCAUCUGGGAAGACUACAGUUUGUGAUAUGAUCAUUCAACAGCUUCAUGAUCAGCGUGUGGUACUUGUUAACCAGGAUUCUUUUUAUCAUGAUCUAACUGAAGAGGAACUUACAAGAGUUCACGAGUACAACUUUGACCAUCCUGAUGCAUUUGACACUGAGCAACUACUAUGUGCUAUGGAGAAGUUGAGGCAUGGGCAAGCAGUAGAUAUUCCAAAUUAUGACUUCAAGAGUUACAAAAACGUUUUUCCUGCAAGAAGGGUCAAUCCAUCAGAUGUUAUAAUAUUGGAAGGCAUUCUUAUUUUCCAUGAUCCUCGCAUUCGAGAGCUGAUGAACAUGAAGAUAUUUGUCGAUACAGAUGCUGAUGUACGUCUGGCAAGGAGAAUAAGGCGUGAUAUUGUUGAGAAGGGUAGAGAUAUUGCUACAGUACUUGAUCAGUACUCAAAAUUUGUGAAGCCUGCUUUUGAUGAUUUCAUACUCCCAACAAAGAAGUAUGCUGACAUCAUCAUUCCUCGUGGAGGAGAUAAUCAUGUAGCCAUUGAUUUGAUUGUGCAACACAUUCGUACAAAGCUUGGCCAACAUGAUCUGUGUAAAAUAUACCCCAAUUUAUAUGUCAUUCAAUCAACUUUUCAGAUACGCGGUAUGCAUACUCUAAUACGUGAUUCUCAGACAACAAAACAUGACUUUGUUUUUUAUGCUGAUAGGUUGAUUCGUUUGGUUGUUGAACAUGGUCUGGGACAUCUACCGUUUACGGAAAAGCAGGUGACCACUCCCACCGGGUCAGUUUACACUGGUGUGGACUUCUGUAAGAGGUUAUGUGGUGUCUCUGUUAUUAGGAGUGGUGAGAGUAUGGAGAAUGCUUUACGAGCAUGUUGUAAAGGCAUCAAGAUUGGGAAGAUUCUUAUUCAUAGGGAAGGUGACAAUGGUCAGCAGCUAAUAUAUGAAAAGUUACCACAAGACAUCUCAGAUAGACAUGUGUUGCUAUUGGAUCCAAUUCUAGGGACAGGCAAUUCAGCUGUUCAGGCUAUUUCUUUACUCAUUAGCAAGGGUGUGCCGGAAUCCCAGAUCAUAUUUCUUAAUCUCAUAUCUGCACCUCAGGGAGUGCAUGUGGUUUGCAAAAGAUUCCCAAGAAUAAAGAUUGUAACAUCUGAGAUUGAAAUUGGUUUGAAUGAAGAUUUCCGUGUUAUACCUGGUAUGGGUGAGUUUGGAGAUAGGUAUUUCGGUACAGAUGACGAGUACCAACCAGUGGUGGCCCCUACACAAUAGAGAUAUUAAAAGCUGUGCUGAUUAAUCUGCGAAGAGUUGGAGGCGAGCAGCCGAAACUGCCGGACUCUUUUAUCUGCUGAGUUGUGCUAUUUCAGUUUUCAACAAAUUUUGACUCAAAUUAAACCUAUAGUUUCCUCCUUUCAUUUUUAUUUUCUUGAAACUUUGAGUCACACAGGGAGGUGUUUGAUUCUGUCACCUAGUUCUGUGCAGACGGGUUUCAUAGGAAAAAAUAAAGAGAGCAAACAAUCCAUUAUCAAAAAGUUACUCGGUCAUUGCAUGGCUUAGAGGAGAGAUUACAGGCACGUACUUGGAACGUGAUGGUGACAACCUCCUCAUGAUAUAUGUAUCUGUGAACCCAGAUAUUUGAUCUCAUAUAUGGUGAUACAAUUUUAUUGUGAACCAUUAUUUUGGUUCUACUAGAGGUUGAAUA